AUGAUCAUCGAUUGGAUUUUGAAGAAAUUUUUCAAAGAUAUAAAAACCGAUCCUAUAAUAGGUUUAACAGAUGUUAAAGUUAGAGAAAUUCUUAAUCGUGAUGAUCCAAAUACAUUAACUCCAUCAAAAACGAUACCUGAAUGGAUAAAAUUUUGUAAACAAAUGUUUGGUGGUUUUGCUUUUCUUCUUUGGAUAGGUGCUGUUCUUUGUUUUACUUCAUAUGGUAUUACAGUGGCUACAUAUCAUGGUGAAGUACCUAAUGAUAAUUUAUGGCUUGGUGUUGCUUUAACUGUUGUUGUUGUAAUAACAGGAUGUUUUUCUUAUUAUCAAGAAGCUAAAAGUUCAAGAAUAAUGGAUUCAUGCAAAAAUCUUGUUCCACAACAAGCAAUUGUUAUUCGAAAUGGAGAAAGUAAAAGUGUUAGAAUAGAGGAUUUAGUUGUUGGUGAUAUUGUUGACAUUAAAUUUGGUGAUAGAGUACCUGCGGAUAUAAGAAUAUUAGAAGCUCAUGGUUUUAAAGUUGAUAAUUCUUCAUUAACUGGAGAAUCUGAACCUCAAACUCGUACAAAAGAAAUAACACAUGAAAAUCCAUUAGAAACAAAAAAUUUAGCUUUUUUAAAUACAUUUGCUGUUGAAGAUACAGCUAAAGGUAUUGUUAUUCAUAAAGGUGAUCGUUCAGUUAUGGGUAGAAUAGCUAAUUUAGCAUCAGGUUUAUUAACAGUUAAAGCUCCAAUAUCUAAAGAAAUAACUCAUUUUAUUCAUAUAAUAACUAGGGGUGGACCAUUUACAUUAAUUUAA